CUUACAGAAUUCUCACACACACACACACACAAAAGAAAAAAAAGAAAAAAUAUUUGGUUAGAUGAUAUGGGCUACAGAUGUCCCCCGAGUUUGGCACUAUAGGAUAUUUAUUGUCCUACUCUCUUCUGUCAGUUCAAUCCCAAAGAAAUUGGUCAAAUAUCAUGUACAACCCCAUUUAUAGUCAUAGCUUGCCUUAUGCAUUUAAUUUGUCAUUACAUACACGAACCCCUCUAUAUGUUCUCACCCAUAACACACACACACACACAACACAAACAUUUGGUUUCGAAUCUUUUUUGGAAACGAUUUUUCCCAAUGUCUAUCUGCAGACUUGCAAGAUCAAGGACCAUAACACGUUUUCUCAAGACAAAGAUUUGUCCCUUUGAGAUUCAUGAGAGGUUGAUUACUCCAAAUUAUUCCUUCUUUCAUGCCUGCUCUUCUUACAAGACCUUGGCUGGUAAUUUCACCAGAAAACCACAUGAAUUGUGGGAUAAGACAGCCAACAUUCUGGCUUUCCGGCGGUUUGAAUCAGCCAGAGCUGGGGAACAAGCAGAAGCAGUAUCUUAUACUGAUGAUGAUGAGGAUGAAAACCAGUCCAUUGAUUUUCCUGGUGGAAGGGUCACAUUUACUCCUCAAAUAAAGUUCAUUUCGGAGUCCACUGACAAAAGAGUUCCUUGCUAUCGCGUUCUUGAUGAUGAUGGUUAUCCCUUUGCAGGCAGCAGAUCUGAGCAGGUGGACAAAGAAACAGCAUUGAAGAUGUACAAAAGCAUGGUGACCCUUCAGAUAAUGGAUCAUAUUUUCUAUGAAGCUCAAAGACAAGGGAGGAUAUCGUUUUACAUGACCUCAAUGGGAGAAGAGGCCAUCAAUAUUGCCACUGCUGCUGCACUCUCACCAGAUGACAUUAUAUUGCCUCAGUAUCGGGAGCCUGGGAUACUCUUGUGGCGUGGGUUCACGAUUGAAGAAUUUGCCAACCAAUUGUUUGGAACGAAAAAUGAUGCUGGUAAAGGCAGGCAAAUGCCUGUGCAUUAUGGUUCUAAGAAACAUAAUUUCGUCACUGUUUCAUCACCUAUUGCAACGCAGCUGCCUCAGGCUGCUGGCAUUGCUUACUCUCUUAAGAUGGAUAACAAGGAGGCAUGUGCAGUCGCUUUCACGGGAGAUGGAGGCACGAGUGAGGGAGAUUUCCAUGCUGGCUUGAAUUUUGCAGCAGUUAUGGAAGCUCCUGUUUUGUUCAUUUGCCGCAACAAUGGAUGGGCCAUAAGCACCCCAAUAUCAGACCAGUUCAGAAGUGAUGGUGUCGUUGUUAAGGGCCAAGCAUAUGGAAUCCGUAGUAUACGGAUAGAUGGAAAUGAUACUCUUGCUGUUUAUAGUGCAAUUCGUGCAGCUCGAGAAAUGGUCAUACGCGAGCAGAAGCCGAUACUAGUUGAGGCCCUAACGUAUCGAGUAGGUCACCACUCAACAUCAGAUGAUUCCACCAAAUACCGACCACUGAAUGAGAUUGAAUACUGGAAAACAGCUCGAAACCCAUUGGGCCGAUACAGAAAAUGGGUUCAGAGAAACGGCUGGUGGACAGAUGAGGAGGAAACUGAGCUUCGUGGAAGCAUAAGGAAGCAGGUAAUGAAUGCAAUUCAAGUGGCUGAUAAAACAGAAAAACCUUCUCUUAAAGAAUUAUUUACCGAUGUCUAUGACCGUCUCCCAUUGAAUCUCCACGAGCAAGAGAAAUCACUCAGAGAAACCAUCAAGAGACAUGAGCAGGAUUUCCCAGCUGAUGUUCCCCUGUAGAUAAUAGUUCAUAACGUACAAGGUUAUGUGCGGGCCGGAUAUCGUCAAACUUCAGAAUGUUCCAUUUAUAGGCACUCCAUCCGCGUGAAGUCAAUAGCUUGACAAAAUUGUAUGUAUAUAAUUAACAAAAGUACGGAGCUGGCAAUAAAGACAUAGGAUUUUCAUGAUAAUUA